AUGAGCAAGACUGUGCGGAAGAUCAACAAUCUUUUAUCUAACGAAGUGAGUGUGAGUGUCCAGGCUAGUCGCAACGCCACUUGUCAGCUCGCAAAAUAUGUGGGCCAUGAGCUUCAGACGGUGUCACGCGAGAUCCAGGUUUUUGGUAAGACAGCCAAUGCCAUGCUCAACAAAGCUGGUCGCGCGAACGAGGAGCUCGCCAAGGGUUUAGUCAAAGACCUCGUCGUCGUCCAAAAGGAUCUUGUCAGAUUUACCAGAGACUUGUCGGUGUCUGUCAAGUCCAGAGUGGAGGCAGCCAAGAGCAACACAAAGGCCUUGAUUCAGUCACCCUUAGCGCUCUCUCGCCAGCGGGUCCAGAACCUUAAGCAGGCUUUUCGACGCCAGGAGAAAGGCCAGCAUGCAAAGGCUGCAGCCAAGCUGCCUAUCAAGGAUCGUGCCACAGCAGCACAGAAGACUCAACAGAGCGUCAAGCGCCAAUUGCAUCUAAAGAAUGAGCAGAAAGCCAAGGUGGAAGCUCGCCUGCAGGCUUCCAAGCAGCAUCGAGAGGAGCAUGUAGCAAUGGAGCAGCGAAAGGCGAACAAUAUGCCCAGUGAUACCGUACCUGGUCCUGCUGCCAAUCAGUAUCGCUAG